AUGGAUCAGAAAUUUAUUUAAGCAAAAAGUCUUCAAGAAAAAUUGAGUUUAAUAAUGUCCCAAGAUAGGAGAUUACCUCCUAUGGAAUUGGAGAACUUGUAUAAGGGUAUUCAUGCAGAAACACAACAUGCAUAUACUAUAUUGGAUAAAGCAUUGGAUAGAAAUUUUGGCGGUCUUCUUCCAGACAAAGCUUCAUAUAGCAUGGAUUAUAAUGAGGGGGUUUUUAAGAGAAUUACAGAAUCUUUGGAUAACUUAGAAAUGGUUGGACUUUAUGCAAAGUAUGUUGUACGAAAUUGUCGUGUUGAAUCACAUAGACCUUUACUAAAAUAAUUAGGAUAUGUGACAGAGAGAUUAAUCAGAAAGUUUAGAUAAUAAGGGACUAUUGAAGAACACUUACAUUUAAAUAAAGAAAUAGUAAUUGAUUUAGUAAGUAAAUUAUGUCCUAGAGACAUGACUUAUAAUCCAGAAUUAUUGUAAUUAAUUUUAAAAGCAUAUAAAGAUUAUAAGGAUGAAGAAUUAUUGUAAAGACUAGCUGAUUCAUUAAUAUAGUAAUGCAAAGAUAAUAGUAAUUAGAAUAGUGAUCAUGAUUGGUUAAUGCUUAUAUCAACUUUAUUUGAUUAAGCUAUUGAAUAAUAAGGAAUAAAUUUAUAUAUCCUAUACAAGAAAAUAGGAAGUAACAAGUUAGGUCAUAUAAUUAACUAACAUAGAAAUUACUUUUUAAUUAAUUAUUUUGAUAAUCCUGAUAAAUGUGUGAAAAUAUUUAAAGGUCUUAUAAAAUAUAGUAUUUUAAAUGAAAAUCUAGAUAUCUUAUUAGAAAUUACAGAUAUCUUAGAAGAAUAGAUGAAGUAAAAAAGUAAUUAAACUUGUUAUCUAAUUUUAAGUGAAAUAUAUGUUUAAGUCAUUUUACCAUUAUUAUUACCUUAAUUGCAUUAAAAUACUAAGAUCCUUGAUAUUUUAUAAAUUUAUAUGAUAGGAAUGUCAAGAAGUCAAGAAUUAUUAAGUGAUUAUGAUAUUGUGAUAAUGUGUGAUAGAUUAAAAUUAGUUUUUGAUUUGAAAUGGAAUGAAAGAUCUAUUUUCGAUAAUAUAUAUGGAUUUAUGAAUACAAUUCAUAAAAGGUAUUAAAAUAAAUUAUUUAAUCAUGAUUAAUUUUCUAAAUUACUUAAUAUUGCUAGAGAAAGAUGUAUUGAUUAAUACAAUCCAAUAGAUUAUCAUGUAUGGGAUUGUUAAACUUUAAAAAAUUAAAAUUUUGAUGACUCUUUAUAUGAUAGACCUACUAUUGACAAUUAUGUAGGUUUAGAAAAUCUUACUAAUACUUGUUUUAUGAAUAGUAUAUUAUAAGCACUUUAUAUGACUGAUAGAUUUCGUUAAUUCAUUUUGAUAAAUUCAAUACCUGAAGCUAAAUAAUAUAAUGCUUUAAGAAAAUUAUUUAUGUUAUUAAAUUUUUAAUAAUCUGGAUUUUGUUCACCAUAUGAAUUAAAGAGAUUACUAAGACCUCCAUAUUGCAAUUCAAAUGAUUAAUAAGAUGUUGGAGAAUUUGCUCAUCAUUUUUUAGAAGAUCUACUUAAAUAUAUACCAAAAGAAUAAUAAGAAAUAUUGGAAAGAAUAUUCUUUGGUACACAUAGAUCUGUUAUUGAAUGUCCUAAUUGUGAUGUUUCAUUUGGUCAAAUUGAAAAGUUUUUGGGAAUUGAUUUACAUUUAAAUAAACAUACUGAAUUAAAAAAUAUGAUAGCAUAAGUAUAUGAAGAAGAAAAAAUAGAAUUUACAUGUGAAAAAUGUUAACGAAAAUCUAAUGAUAUCAAAAAAUCUCUAUAAUUAAAUGAUUUACCUCCUGUUUUAUUUAUGACAAUAUAAAGGUAUAUUUUUAUAUUCUCUAUCAUAUAGAUUUUAAUAUGAUGCUUAAUCUUAAUAAAUGACUAAGAUCCUUGCCAAAGUACCUCUCAAAUUUUUAAUUGAUAUGAGAGAAGUAUUUUAAUAAUAACAUCUUGAUGCUUAAGAUAGUUAAUAUAUUUUAUAUGCAUUUAUUGUACAUCUAGGAAAGAAUAGUUACUCAGGUCACUAUUCUUGUUAUGCAAGAUCUAUGACUAAACCAGAAACUUGGAUUUGUUUUGAUGAUGCUCAAAUAAAUAAAUAUGAACUUACAAGUUAAGAUUUAAAUUCUUAAUUGAUGUAAAAUUAACAUAAUUAUAUAGUGAUGAAGAGACACCAUAUUUACUAUUCUAUAAAAAUAAAUCUGGUCACUAUUUAAGUAUCAAUAAAUGA